AUGCCCCGCCCGCUGUCUCGCUCGCCCGGCGCGGCCACAUACGUGCUGCGCUCCCGGACGCUGGUCAGUGUCGCGUCAACUGGUGAGCGACCGGCAAUGAUCGAUCUCCAUGUAAAUGCUUACCGCGACGUGCAAUCUGUAGACGUCCGCGCCUCGCCUGAUCGCUCGAGUCAUCUCGCCAUCCGCGCGGCGGUGUGGACUGUCCGCGUCCUCGUCGCCGCUCUGAAGCACUGGCAGCGGGAGGACGCAGUCGCAAAUAGGGGCCGUCGUCUAGAUGCCGGGGCGUCGGGCGGCGAGCGGGGCGGGGCGUGCGGAACACAGGUGACGCGGGAUGACCAAUGGCUAGAUAGCGGAGGUGUGACGGCCGGCGGCAGAAUCAGUGAGAUCGCGCGGGACAGAGGCGGCACGCACGAAGGCGCCAUUGGCGCGGGGCGACGCGAAGAACAGGGGCCAUCACGCGAAUGGUGUGAAUAUGAAAAUGUGCACGCGCACGCAUGGGCGCGGGCGCGGGUGCAGCAUUGGUUGUGCGGGGACAUUGUGUGCGGCGCAGGCGUCGCCACCGUAGCGAUAAGGGCGACGGACAAUGUGGGGGCGUUGCGGCCGGUGGAUCGGAAGGGUGCAUACGUCGGGGGGUGUGUACGCGGGCGGGAACGCGGGGGCGCUGCCGUCAUGAUUUUGGGCGAGUAG